GGGGUCCCAGCCAUGGCCGAGUCCGUGGAGCGGCUGCAGCGGCGGGUACAGGAGCUGGAGAGGGAACUUGCCCAGGAGAGGAGUCUGCGGGUGCUUGGGGAAGGCGACGGAGUGACCGGCCGAGCCCGCAUCAAAAAGAUGAGCCCAGAGGUGGUGGAUUCCAAUCCCUACAGCCGCUUGAUGGCAUUGAAACGAAUGGGAAUUGUAAACGACUAUGAGAAAAUUCGUACUUUUGCUGUAGCAAUAGUAGGUGUUGGUGGAGUUGGUAGUGUGACUGCUGAAAUGCUGACAAGAUGUGGCAUUGGUAAGUUGCUACUCUUUGACUACGACAAGGUGGAACUGGCCAAUAUGAAUAGACUUUUCUUCCAGCCUCAUCAAGCAGGAUUAAGUAAAGUUCAAGCAGCAGAACAUACGUUGAGGAACAUUAAUCCUGAUGUUUUUUUUGAAGUGCACAACUACAAUAUAACCACAGUGGAAAACUUUCAUCAUUUCAUGGAUAGAAUAAGUAAUGGUGGGUUAGAAGAAGGAAAACCUGUUGAUCUAGUUCUCAGCUGUGUGGAUAAUUUUGAAGCUCGAAUGGCAAUAAAUACAGCUUGUAAUGAACUUGGACAAACAUGGAUGGAAUCUGGGGUCAGUGAAAAUGCAGUUUCGGGGCAUAUACAGCUCAUAAUUCCUGGAGAAUCUGCUUGUUUUGCGUGUGCUCCACCCCUUGUAGUUGCUGCCAAUAUUGAUGAAAAGACUCUGAAACGAGAAGGUGUUUGUGCAGCCAGUCUUCCUACCACUAUGGGAGUGGUUGCUGGGAUCUUAGUACAAAAUGUGUUAAAGUUUCUGUUAAAUUUUGGCACUGUUAGUUUUUACCUUGGAUACAAUGCAAUGCAGGAUUUUUUUCCUACUAUGUCCAUGAAGCCAAAUCCUCAGUGUGACGACAGAAAUUGCAGGAAGCAUCAGGAAGAAUGUAAGAAAAAGGCAGCAGCACUGCCCAAACAGGAAGUUCUGCAAGAAGAGGAGGAGAUAAUACAUGAAGAUAAUGAGUGGGGUAUUGAGCUGGUGUCUGAGGUUUCAGAAGAGGAAUUGAAAAGUUCUUCAGGUCCUGUUCCGAACUUACCUGAAGGAAUUACAGUGGCAUAUACAAUUCCAAAAAAGGUACUUCAAAAAUCAGAUUUACUGCUGAGUAAAUAUAAAAGAAAAUGUAUCCUUACCUUCUUUAAUCUUUAUUUAUUUAUUUUUUUGAGACAGAGUCUCAUUUUGUCACCCUUGGUAGAGUGCUGUGGCAUCACAUCUUACAGCAACCUCCAGCUCUUGGGCCUAGGCAAUUCUCCUGCCUCAGCCUCUCGAGUAGCUGCGACCACAGGCCACCACAACGCCUGGCCAUUUUUCGUUUGCAGUCUGGCUGGGGCCAGGUUUGAACCCACCACCCUUGGUAUAUGGGGCUGGUGCCCUACUUAUUGAGCCACAGGCGCCGCCCUUUAUUCUGUUUUGUAAUGCCAAUGUAGCAUUUCCUAUUUUAGGUAUCUUAUACUAUAGGCAUUAAGGUGUGAGAAACAGAGGUAUUUAGUGUUAAGAUAUUCAUGGCUUAACCUAUUUAAAAACAGACAUGCAAUGGUUUUGUUCACUCAUGAAUGAAUUAUAAUAUUUUGAUUAAAUGACAGUAUCAUUUUUAUAUAUUGAUAGUUUUAGCCACAGUAUCAUUUAAAAAAACUUCAGUGGAGCUGUCAAGAAUAUUGAAAUUACCGCCUUAUAAAUCAAAAAGCUGGGCAAAGUAGAAGACACUCUCUCUUAAAAAUUAGAAGGCAUAUUUAUUAAAGAAAAUUUACUUUAUAAACUUGAGCAUGAUUAAAGCUCACUGACUAUAUAUUCUUAAGCAUCAAGAUUUUAUAUUGUUCUGUUUUCACUAUAUUUCCCUUAUUUGUUGACAGGAAAAAGAUUCUAUAUCUGAGGUAACAGUGGAAGAUUCCGCUGAAAGCUUGGAAGACCUCAUGGCCAAGAUGAAGAAUAUGUAGAUGACAGGCAUAUAUUUUAUUUCCCAUGUUAAAGCCUAUCCUUUUGAAAUGAAAAAAAAAAUAGGGCACCAUUAAUUGAUGUAUAACCUUAAUUGAAUUGUUGCACUUUUUUUCUUUUAAAUUAAAUCAUAGCUGUGUACAAUAAUGCAAUCAUGGGGUACAAUUAUAUACAACUUGAAAUAUUUUCAUCAAACUGGUUAACAUAGCUUUCACAGAAUUGUUGCAUUUUUUGAAAAUCCUGUGACUGUUGCUCUCCCCACCCCCAAUUAAAUCAUUAAGUCUUAAAAUGUACCUUUCAUUCUAGUAAGGAAGCUCCAGAGGACUUUCGUAGGCAGUUAUGUAUCUUACUGAAACCACAGGCAUUGAAAUGUUUUGGCAUUUUGGAGGGGAGGAAAGGACCAAUGUGAUCCUAUGUCCUUUUUUCCCCCAGUAAUCCCUUGUGGUCUGUUGCAUGAGGACAUGGAUAAUAAAAAGUACAUGAUCCUCAAAUAGAAGGAGAAGGACGAGGGGUACAGCCUGAAGAGCUACCAUCUACUCAUGUAAUGAAUUUCUGUCUAGAAGAAAGGCACCACCCACUUUCACAGACUUGACCCACAAUGAAUUUUAAAUACAUAACUUAUAAAAUAGCAUCCUAUCAAAUGUUUCCUGAUGAAAUACAAGUUAACUGUAGUCACUGGAAAAGUUUGUAAACCUGUGAAUUAUAUAUUCAAAAUAAGACAAAGGCUAAUAAAAGGAAGUUGUCUUCCUUUCAGGAAGUAUAAAUUAUAUUUUAUAUAGAAUAUAAUGAUAAAUAUCAUUGUAUCCAUGGAACAUACAUCCAGAAACACUGUACUUUACUGAGGUAUGAAUUUAGACUAAGAUCAUCUAGGUUGUCAUAUAGGUUACUCCUGAAUACUUCAUUUAAAUUUGAUACUUGAGAUAGUGAAAUCUUGGCAUAGUUUGUCCUGUAGAGUGGGCGUAAGUUCUGUAUUGCCUCUGCAGUAACUAACUUAUAUUAAUUCACUGGAAAGAUAUCAUUUUCCCUGAUUGGGAUCACUAAACUGUAAAUUAAUAUAGUUUUGUCUGAAGCUGCAUAAAAUAAUGGAGGCAUAGAGAACCUUGGUUGAGGUAAAUUCUCAGUGGUUUGAAGAGGAUUAAAUAACCUGCUGGUAUAACUAUUACCCGCAGACUGUUUCUAUGCUAAUCUAUUUUGAUGGUUUUUACUUUGAAGAUACAUUUAAAUUAUCUCUCUGGGGGGAAAUGUUAACUCAGUAAUUAAAAUCAAUAUUCCUUACUUUU